AUGGAUUUAGAGUGUGGAAGUGAAGAACCAGCAAAACAAGGCCUGCUUGCUCGUUUAUGGCCAAAGAUUAAAACCUUCAGCAACAAUGUCAAGUCCGAGGUGUUUGAAUUCUUCACAACCUUAAGAAAGCUCGGCCAAGAUGAUCCCAGAAGAGUCGUUCAUUCAUUGAAAGCCGGGCUCGCACUCACCUUGGUCUCAUUGUUUUAUUAUUACCAACCAUUGUACGACAGCUUCGGCGUUUCCGCAAUGUGGGCUGUAAUGACCGUCGUCGUCGUCUUCGAAUUCUCCGUCGGAGCUACUCUUGGGAAAGGUGUGAAUAGAGGAUUGGCAACGUUGUUUGCUGGUGCUUUAGCUGUUGGGGCGCAUCAACUGGCUAAUCUAUCGGGACGGAUAGGUGAGCCCAUAGUGCUGAGCUUCUUUGUCUUCCUACAAGCUGCGAUAUCGACGUUUGCGAGAUUCUACCCCAAAAUCAAGGCGAGAUACGAUUACGGGCUGUUGAUAUUUAUCUUGACGUUCUCCAUGAUAUCGAUAUCGGGUUUUCGGGACGACGAAAUACUGGAACUGGCUCACAAGAGACUGUUAACCGUGCUCAUAGGUGGUUCAACCUGUGUCACAAUUUCUGUUUUGAUUUUCCCUGUGUGGGCUGGUCAGGACCUUCACAACUUGAUCGCUUCCAACAUGGAAAAGCUCGGCAUCUUCCUAGAAGGGUUUGGAGAUGAAUACUUUAAAAUGGCAGAGGACGGAGAAUCGAAAGAAGGUAGAUCCUUCUUGCAGGGAUAUAAAAGCGUUCUUAAUUCAAAGAACAACGAAGAGGCCUUGGCUAACUUCGCAAGAUGGGAGCCGAGGCAUGGUCGAUUUCAAUUCCGACAUCCAUGGAAACAGUACCUAAAGAUCGGAGCUUUAACUCGCCAAUGUGCAUACCGAAUUGAGUCACUAAAUGGACACAUACAUGCUGGCAUUCAAGUAAAACCCGAAAUCCGAUGUAAAAUCCAAGAGACAUGCACGAGAAUGAGCAUGGAAUCUGGUGAAGCGUUAAGGGAACUAUCGAUGUCGAUCAAAACGAUGGUGAAACCGUUUGCUGCCGAUAUCCGUAUCGAUAACUCGAAAUCGGCAGCCAAGAACCUCAACUCUUUGCUCAAAUCAGGGUUAUGGGGUGAUGAAAGGGACCUGUUGGAAGUGGUACCGGUGGCCACGGUAGCUUCGUUGUUAAUUGACGUGGUUAGCUGCACGGCCAGAAUUGCUGAAUCUGUUCAUGAACUUGCGACUAUGCUGAAUUUCGAAGCCGUUGAGCCACUUGUCUCACCGGAGACGGAACCUGAAAUUGUGAUAUCAUAGUCCAGAAGAUGG